UUUGUGACUUAAUAUGCAUGAUGGAGGACAAGUAAUAUACUCUAAAAAUUCAUUCUGUUUCAAUGCAUAAUAUUAAUGUUGAUUUUGUACCUCCUUUUAACUCCAGAAAUUGAAUUGGGCAUCUUUCGGCUGAUAUUACAAGGAAAAUUAGAUUUUGAAUCUGAACCAUGGCGUGGAAUUUCAAACAGUGCCAAGGAUCUGAUACGGAAAAUGCUUGACAAAAAUCCAAAGAGAAGGCUAUCCGCCCAUGAAGUUUUGUGCCACCAAUGGAUUGUUGAUGACAGAGUUGCCCCUGAUAAACCUCUUGAUUCUAUAGUGCUAUCACGCCUGAAGCACUUUUCCGCAAUGAACAAACUUAAGAAGAUGGCUUUACGUGGUGUUCUUUACACAAUUAGCAUCACUGAUUUGUCCAGUUGAAUUAGAAGAUAAUCGAGUUCAAGUAGUGUUGAGGAGUAGUUAAUAUGAUUGAGUGGGUGAUAUUGAGAACUAAAUUGAGAUUUUUUUUUUUUGAGUACUCGAAUAUAUUAGUAUUUUGUAUAAAUACUUUUAAGGAUGGUUGAUGGAUAUUUGUUUUGAAUGUAUAGAAGUUUAUAUUUUGUAUGCACACUUUUUUUUUUUGAAGAAAGAUAAUUUUGUUGAGGGAAGUGAUGGAAAAUAAUACAUGAGUAUUAGAAUUUUUGCAAAUAUCACUUUACAUUUAUUGUAUAUAAUAUUUGAAUAUAUAUAUAUAUAUAUGAGAAUAUAGGUUGCUAAAACAUUGUAGG